CUGCCAUAAAUUAAGAAAAUUUAUAAAAACCAAACCACCAGCGAAAAAACAAUUUUAGCGAUGAGCGAAACUCGAUAAAUGUACAACAACGAUAGCUCGAUAGCUGUCAAUGGGAAGGGAAAGUCUAACCAAGUUGGCAGCUCAUAUUCAACGGGUGACCAAUGUUGCGACAGCGUGGUUCUUGCCGACAGCUGUUUUAUAUCAACUUUAACGUACAAAGUGCAACAUUUCCAGUGCACAGUGUGCCUUGAGGUUGCAAACAUGUUUAAGUUUAAUUUUGAAGUAGAAGCGGACUCCUCUAUUGAUCCAGAAGUCGUUAAAAGUCCUAUUUUUAAUAAGAAAGAAGAUUCUAUAGAGCCUGAUUUGAAAAAUACAAAUGAUAUAGAGUGGUACCAGGCAGAAAAGGUAAAGCCAAUAGAUAACCUUAUAUCUACCCUGGAUUUCUACGAGCUAAAUGCCAAGGAGACUAGUGUGCAAAAUACAACAAUACGACACCUUGUUGCCGGUUUCCUACUGGAAGAUAUAAAAGCUCAAACCCACCUGGAAAACCUUGAUAUCCGAAAAUCUGAAGAAAACCAUUCCGAUCUAAUAGCUGGGGUCUACGAAGGCGGUGCAAAAAUAUGGGAGUGCACAGAUGAUCUUCUUCUGUAUCUAUCGGAGAAAUAUGAUGACUCCUUCUGGAAGGACAAGAGAGUUCUGGAUUUGGGUUGCGGUUCCGGGCUACUAGGAAUUUAUGCCAUUAAACACGGCGCGCGUGUUGACUUUCAGGACUAUAACAAAGACGUUUUGGAAUACAUCACAUAUCCAAACAUCCUGCUGAAUGUUGACGAAACGCUAAGUGAUGAUGAAAAGCUGGAAUUUUUGGACAAAAAUACGAGCUUGUAUUCCGGGGACUGGUCAAAUUUUACUCAACUAACGCAAGGUGUUGAGAAAUACGAUCUUAUACUUACCUCCGAGACAAUCUACAAUAUUGAAAAUCAGCAAAAGCUCUUGGAAACCUUUGCUGGUCGUCUGAAGCCGGAUGGUAUAAUUUUUGUUGCUGCAAAAAUGCACUAUUUUGGUGUAGGAGGUGGCUUGGAACAAUUUUCAGAUAAGAUAAAACAUGGGAAUGUUUUUCAAAGUCAAACUGUCUGGCAGGCAGACAAAAAUUUGAGAAGAGGAAUUUUGGAGUUAAAAUUUAAAUAAAAUCCUUUUACUGACGUUU